GCAUCAAUUUUUAGUAUGUGUGUUUUCAUGCUGGGGGGUCUAGGACAACUGAUCAUGGGAUAACUUAUCACGGACAACUGAUCAUGGGAUAACUUAUCACGGACAACUGAUCAUGAUCAUCUGAUCAUGGAAAAACUGAUCAUAGACAACUGAUUAUAAGGGACAACUGAUCUUGAACAGUUGAUCAUAAACAAUCGUUCGAUAAUUGAUGAUUGUCAUUUAUUUCCAAACAAAAAAGAACAGAAAGAAAGGAAGAGAGAUCAAUUAGAAAUUGAAAUUGAAGGCAAGAGACCUGAGAUAGACUAGAGGUUGGGUUGUGUCGAAUUUUUUAACAAUAUUCUUGAUUCUUGCAGCAGCAUCCGCAUAUUUCUUCUGAGGGCGGUUCUCUCGACCAGCUGCAAAGGUCCCUUGUAUCGCCGCAUUCAGAGCUUGUUCCGAGCGUAGAAAUUCGAUGAACUUCCAGAUGUUUGGAUGGACGGCGUCCAGUGAUCCAGAAAAGGCACGAUGCCAUCGCUCAAUGCUGUUGGUAGUCUUUGGCUCCUCUCCCAAGCUUUCAUUAUAGACAUUCCACAGGUCGUGUGUAUAGCGUGGAUUUCUUCGUCGGUUGCCACGGCGGCGGCCAAUAUAGUUGUCGCCGUGGUAGGCAAGGAUCGGCUUUACUUCAUCUGGCAAGGCGUCCGACAACAGCUCGAAGUACUCGCACACACGGUUGGUGGGAACAAAGGCAAUUGCCGGAAUCAUACGAAGUUGAGUGGCGAACUUCUCAUCCGUUCCAUAGCGCACAGCAAGUCCAUUAUUUUGGAUUUGUCGCCAGACUACUUGACAAUGGUGAAAGUAACAACCUUGAAUGAGCGAUUAAUGAAUAAUGUGUCGUCAAGAAUACCAAUAAUAGGGAAAAAUUACCUUUCAUUUGCACUCCGAUAAAGACUUUUUGAAAAGCAUUGAUAGCAGCCAGUUCGAAAUCGAUGUACAUCUUUGUCGGGGCCAAAGUUGGGCAAUGAUGACGAAGUUGUUCCAAGACUCUUCUGUAUGCCAUACCAGUGCGUUCUGACAUCAGAAUAUAGACUACUGGGAUGUACUGGAAACCUAGCUUGAUAUGAAUGGUGUACAAUUGCUGGAAAAGAGGUGGGGCAACGCUGAAUGUUCCGUCUGUAGCCGAGCUUGGCGAAUCUCUGAGAGCUUCCAAGUCUUUUUGAGUCGAGAAUAUCAGAGUCCGCUGUUGACCAGGGCCAGAAUCAUUGAGCAAGAACAAAUCGCCGUUUUUAAGAUGUUGAUACUCUUCAGGAAUUUGGAAACCCAGAAGGUUUUGAGGCAUCACUGGAACGUUGGCGAUUCCUUGUCGAUUUCGGCGAAUAUUCCGGGCCAUAUUUGAGAUGGAAACUGACGCAGCAACUGGCUCGCUCACAUGUUGCAGCUCUUCGGCGAUGAUUCGACGUCUCGGCUCCUGGCUCGAUACAGCCCGUUGCUUGACUGCGUUGGCCAGUUUUACUCGAUUAACCAGUGUGGGAUCGCCGGCAUGAUUGUGAACAUCGAACACCUAUAUAAGACACAGUUGGUUAUUAAUGUUGGAUUUAUGAAACAUACCUCUUUGAUAGUUCCGUUCUGGACAACAACUCUUCGCUUGCAUGAUCCCGAUGUCUUCUUGUGGCAAUCGCAACGAUAGAAGAUUUUUCCUUCAUCAGAUCGGCGAUACUCCGUAUGAAGCCAUCCAUCAUGAACAAGCUUGCCAGAUCCACGUUGACUUUUGACGAAUUGGAGAGUCAUAUCGAGCAACGUGAAUGACGACGAAAAUUCUGAUGAUAAAUGAUAAGAUAAAAUGACUAUAACAUUGUCUUUUAUAUGAUAAAUGAUAACAAUGAUCUCAUGACUCUUCAUGAUCAAUUUUCCUUUAUGAUCAGUUAUUCAUGAUCAGUCGUCCGCCGUGAUCAGUUAUCUGUCAUGAUCAAUUGUCCGUGAUCAGUUGUUCCAUAAUCAAUUUCCUGUGAUCAGUUGUCCGCUCACCCAUGCUGGGUUGUAUAGCCAGUAAAACGCCACGCUGGCUAGGCGGGUUGGUGAGUGUUUGUAAUCAGAGUUUUCUCUCUUAGAUGAGUUGCCUAUCAUGGCUAAGAGCCUCAUCUGCCCUUGGUUUUAAAUCAGAGUUUUCCUUCUCUUAGGUGAUCUACUAAUCAAGGCUAGAGAGCUCCACCUACCCUGGCUAAGGCUUAUGAAACUUGGUUCGGGUGAACCUUGCCUCUGGCGGCCUAUACUCGCCAUGUCAUAUUGUCAUCUUUGGAUUUCUGUAGCAUUUUAUAGGUGUUUUAGUGCCAUCCAAAAUCCCACCACAUCCUGAUGACAAGGUGCCUGGAUUGUCCGGGACUGUUUAUUUGAUAAAUGCUUGAUCUUAUUCGCAGCUAACCAUCAUACUAAUGGCCGUUCCACUAUCCGCAACCUGUCGAUCCGAUUGGUAGCACUCAGCUUAGCCCCAAGGAUGAUCAUAAUGAUACGUCAAUUUGAAAUUAUAUUGUUGAACAAGAUAUUGGAAAUAUUCAUGAUAUAUUUGAUGAGACAACAGAUGAAUUUAUUGGUGACAAAGGAUUUAGAGAUGCUGAUGAUGAAAGAAUCACAGUUCGAAUACCACUUUCAUUACAAAAAGGACAGACUCGACUAUCAAUACGAGAUGCAAAUACAAAAAGAAAAAUUACUAAACUUCGAAAUUGUAUUGAACGCGGAUUUGGCAGAUUGAAACAAUGGAAAAUUAUUGGCUCUAUUAUUGAUACUAAUUUAAUUUUUAAAAUUGGUUCACUAUUGAAAAUAUUAGGUGCAGUGGAUAAUAUAUAUUUGGAACUAUUAUUUGUUCCAACUAAUAAUGAUGAACAAGAUAUUAAUUUUAUUAAACACCGUGAAGUUAUACAAAAUGUUUUAGAAGAUUUACCGACGAAUCAAUGGAUUACAAGGCAACUCCAGGAUGUUGUUCAUUUCAUAUCACCAUUAAGUUUAAAUGUUAUUCGAAAUUAUGGAUUAGGUGAAUAUGCAUUGAAAUUAGCUAUUCCAUAUUUACAAUAUUCUUCGACCAUAUCAAUCAAAACAUAUAAAUCAAAACAAUAUUCAAAUAUUAUUAAAAUAGAAGGUAUAACAUCAAGAUAUUCCAAAAAAACGUCACCCAAACAGCACAAAAUAUUUUUACAAUUUGUUAAUGAUAAUGAUGAUGAAGAAAAUGAUGUUACAUUAUCAAACAAUUAUAAUAAUAAUCAUAAUGAAAUAUCAUUAGAUAUUAAAGGUAUUAAUUUGUAUUGUUCAUGUAAAUCAGGUGCACGUACGGUUGAAGCGUGCGCACAUGUAAUAGCAGCUCUGUAUUGGUUAUAUUCUAACACUAAUGGUGUACCAAUACUAAAUUAUAGUGCUAAAUCAGUUGCAUUGCAACAAAAUAUCACAAAUCUGCAACCGUUCAAUCAACACCGACGACAACAAAAAGCUGACAAUAUUGAUGUUAUUCCAGAUAAUAAUAUAAGUGAUACUGAGGAAAAUGAAUCCUGCAAUAGACAUGAUUUUGUCAUUGCUAAUGCACAAGAUCAAGCUGGCAUCAAUAACGCAAACUUCGCUACUCCUCCUGAUGGUCAAAGCGGUGUGAUGAACAUGUAUCUCUGGAACCGAAUAAGUCCUGGAAAAGAUGGCAUUUUCGAAUUGGGUAUUAUCAUUCACGAAUACGGACAUGGACUCUCCAAUCGUUUAACAGGUGGCCCAGCCAAUUCUGACUGCCUUAACACCGAUGAGUCUGGUGGUAUGGGUGAAGGUUGGUCGGACGUUUUGGCUGUAGUAUUUCGCCAAAAGUCUGAAAACAAGCGUACAGACACAUUCUUCAUGGGUAAUUACGUCUUUGGUGGUCAAGGAAUCCGUAAGUUCCCUUACUCCACAAAUAUGAUUCUAAACCCUUCGUUGUUCUCAUACAUCAACAAGCCUGACUAUGCCGAGCCCCAUGCCAAGGGUGAGGUGUGGGCUGCGAUCCUGUUAGAAGCUUACUGGAACUUGGUUGAUACUCUUGGCUUUACGCCUGACUUGUACUCUGCGUCCAAAUUCAAGGGUAACACUCUUUUCCUACAUCUGAUGCUCAACGGUAUGAAGCUCCAGCCCUGCAAUCCUACAUUCAUCCAGGCACGUGAUGCCAUCAUUCAAGCGGACGCAGCGCUUACCAAAGGAAAAUACAAGUGCCAACUGUGGAAGGGCUUUGCCAAGCGUGGUCUCGGUUAUACUGCUCAGGGUGUGAGUGGCAGUGCUAAGGACUGCUUCCAAUUGGCCCCCGGAUGCUAAAAGACGCACUAAUGUUUUUAAGCUUUUUUGAGAACUGUCCAACGAAAAACAGACUGCCAUGGAUCUCAUUUCAGUAUACAUCAAUUUCAUAAUUAUUAUGAUCAAUGUUGAUAACACUAGAUCAUAUUAUUCUCUUUUCUCAUUUUUCUUUUCUUCUUUUGUAUUAUUUUCUUCUUCCUUUUUUUUUCGUUU